ACCCAGCUCAAAACCACAAACAUUUCACGCUCACAACUCAAUAAUCCACAGGAUCUGAGAACUCCAACAAAAAAGAACAAAAAAAGGCCAAAUAAUUCCAGCCCCCUUUCCUUUCCCAUGUUCUCCAGCCUCCUCACAGGCCUACAGCUAUAGGAGUACCAGUCGUCUCAGCAGGCCACCACCACUGGGCGCUACCACUACUGGUACUUGUACUAGAUCUCGCACGCCUACCCCUACCCGCGCGCUAUUCACGGCAAUGCCACUGGCCCCGCCGCCAUCUCGGCCUGCGCACCAGUGACUCAGGGCCAGGCCAUGGCGCGCCCCCGCCGCCUGCCGCCGGCGGGGUCUCCGGCCAGGCCCCAGGGCCCGGCAGCCACCACCCCACGCCAGGCGUCCGCCUCCCGCCGCGGCCGCCGGCUGCGCAUCCAGAGCCCCUCCCUCGCCGCCGCCCGCCGCGCCCCCGCGCCCGCGCCACCGCCGGCCACCCCGCCGCUCCGGUGGCCCGGAGACGCCGUAGCUCCCCGUGGCGCCGGCGCGGCGGCCGCGUCGGUGAGGAGGAUCGCCGCGGCGCUGUGGCGGGCGCAUCCGCCGCCUCGGGAGCCCGGGGAAGCGCGGCGACGGCUCGAGCCUAGCCCAAGGCAUCUCCAUACACCUGAUCAUUGCAAUAACUAUAAAGCGGUACUAGAAAGCAGGACAGGAACUAAGCCUCUUGGCAAUGACAUCAUUCAUGAGGUGGGAGCUUAUUCUCCAUCACCCCGGAUCGAAAUGGAGGUCGCAACAAAAUGGGACCGAUGCAUGAACACAUUGGGUGGUGCUGACUACAAUUUCUGUGACCGCCACACAGCGGCUGAUGAAGAAGAAAUCUCUGCACUUAAAGAAGAGAUUAUGCAGGCCCGCAACCGGAUUCAUGAGCUUGAAGCUGAAAGCCGGUCUGCAAAGAAAAAGCUUGAUCACUUGGUGAGGAAUCUUGCUGAGGAAAAGGCUUCCUGGAGGAGCAGGGAGCAUGAUAAGGUUCGAAGCAUCUUAGAUGCUGUUAAAGGGGAUCUGAAUCGGGAGAGGAAGAAUCGACAAAGGGCAGAAAUUAUGAACUCCAAGUUGAUGGGCGAGCUAUCAGAGUUGAAGUCAGUAGCAAAACGGUAUUUGCAAGAUUAUGAAAAGGAAAGAAAGGCUAGGGAACUCAUGGAGGAGGUGUGUGAUGAAUUAGCGAAGGAGAUUGCGGACGACAAAGCUGAGGUUGAGGCUUUGAAGAGUGAAUCGAUGAAGAUGAGAGAUGAGGUGGAGGAAGAAAGGAAGAUGUUGCAGAUGGCAGAGGUUUGGCGUGAAGAGAGGGUACAGAUGAAGCUUGUUGAUGCUAAACUAACACUAGACAGCAAGUAUUCACAGCUAAGUGAGCUUCAGGCUAACCUUGAGGCUUUCCUGAAUUUCCACCGAGGCAGCAGUGUAGACAAAGAAACAUUAAGAGAUGGAGAAAGACUCAGGGAAACAAUUUGCUUGAUGAAGUCUCAUGGUAGGGAGUUCUCUUACAAACCUCCGCCUCCUUCAGAGGACAUUUUUGCUGUGUUUGAGGAACUCAGACAGCGGGAAGAUACUAAUGAGAAGGAAAUUGGACAGUGUAAUGGAGAUACCCCCAUGAGCCAUGCAACAAAGAUCCAUACAGUGAGUCCUGAAACUGACAUCUUUCUGGAAAAACCAGCAAACAAAUAUUCCAAACAGCCUUGCGCCAGGAAUGAGGGUGAAGAUGAUAGUGGAUGGGAGACUGUCAGCCAUGUAGAGGAGCAAGGCUCUAGCAAUUCACCAGAUGGAAGUGAACCAUCCGUAAAUGGUUUCUGUGGAGGAAACGAUGCAUCGGUGAGUGGAACGGAUUGGGAAGAUAAUUGUGAGAACUGCAGGUCAAAUAGUGACAUCAGUGGAGUUUACUCGACAACGGGAGAGAAGUACCGUAAGAAGGGUUCUUCUUUCACCAGACUCUGGAGAUCAUCAAAUGGCAAUGGCCACAGGAAAACAGGACCCGAGUUACUGAACGGUAGGCUCUCUGGCAGCAGGAUGUCCAAUGCUGCUCUUUCUCCCGAUUUCAAGAACAGUGAAGUGUGCCAAAUCUCACCAAGUGUCGGGGACUGGAGUGCAGACUUGCUAAACCCUCAUGUAGUCCGUGCAAUGAAAGGGUGCGUCGAAUGGCCCCAAGGUGCACAGAAGCACAACCUGAAGUCCAAGCUCCUGGACGCGAGAACCAAUGGCCUCUGCGCCAAGCAUUAGAACAGAAGAUAUAGCAUGGCACACGCAUACCCAUUCCGUUCGACGAGAACAUAAUGAUCUUGCCUGGUGGGUGAGGUCAUCUGGAGCAGGCACCUACCUCCGUAGGAGAGGUACCAUCGUUGCAUUGCUGCAUUGGUCCAAGUAGACCAUUUAGCUCGCUUAGCAUAUCAGUCCAUGUAAUCAAAUGUAACUUCUUUUUCAAUGCGUUAUUCAAUCAUAUUUAUUAGCGUUUUACGA